CCCCGCAUCAUGGAGGGCAGCCCAGCCCUAGCCCCAGUCCGGGUGGACACCGACCUUCGCCGCCGCCCGCGCCCCGCCCGCCAGCUCCCGCUGCUGCUCUCCGGGCACCGUCCCCUCCUCACCUCGAAGCCAACAUGAAGGAGACCCGGGGCGACGGGAGCGCCCCUUUCUGUACCCGCCUCAACCACUCUUACCCGGGCAUGUGGUCGCCCGAGCUCUCCGCCGCGGCGCGGGGCAACCUCACGGGUUCCCGGGACCCCCGCGAGGACUGCGGCUCGGUGUCGGUCGCCUUCCCGAUCACCAUGUUGAUCACCGGCUUCGUGGGCAACGCGCUGGCCAUGCUGCUCGUGUCGCGGAGCUACCGGCGGCGGGAGAGCAAGCGCAAGAAGUCGUUCCUGCUGUGCAUCGGCUGGCUGGCGCUCACAGACCUGGUCGGGCAACUGCUCACCAGCCCGGUGGUCAUCGUCGUGUACCUGUCCAAGCAGCGCUGGGAGCAUCUCGACCCGUCGGGGAGGCUCUGCACCUUCUUCGGUCUGACCAUGACCGUCUUUGGGCUCUCCUCGCUCUUCAUCGCCAGCGCCAUGGCCGUCGAGCGGGCGCUGGCCAUCCGGGCGCCGCACUGGUACGCGAGCCACAUGAAGACGCGCGCCACCCGCGCGGUGCUGCUCGGCGUGUGGCUGGCGGUGCUCGCCUUCGCCUUGCUGCCGGUGCUGGGCGUAGGCCAGUACACCAUCCAGUGGCCCGGGACAUGGUGCUUCAUUAGCACCGGGGAAGGAGGCAACGGGACUAGCGCUUCGCACAACUGGGGCAACCUCUUCUUCGCCUCCACCUUUGCCUUCCUGGGGCUCUCGGCGCUGGCCGUCACCUUCGCCUGUAACCUGGCCACCAUUAAGGCCCUGGUGUCCCGCUGCCGGGCCAAGGCCACGGCGUCGCAGUCCGGCGCCCAGUGGGGCCGGAUCACCACCGAGACGGCCAUCCAGCUCAUGGGGAUCAUGUGCGUGCUGUCGGUCUGCUGGUCGCCGUUGCUGUUACCCCAAGAGGUAGACAUUACUGGCUCCAUUUACAGACAAUGAAGAAAUGAAAACUGAAAGAGAUUGGGAGAUAUUCAUUUAAGAUAAUAGAGCUAGUAAGUGGCCAACCUGGGAAUCAAAGGACAAGCUCUUUUCUCUAAGCCAUGGUAACUCAGAUAGCUCAAUUCAUCUUGAGUUAUUCUUUUUAUUACAAAAAUUUCAAUUCCCUUAUGUUGCUUGAAUUGAAGUGUUGAUAAAGAUAAGAACUACUUAGAGACAAUUUUUUUAAGUUUUAUGAUGCUUCUGUAUUAGGUACCAAGGAGUUCCACUAAAUUUAUGAAUGGCAAAAUAACAUGAAGUUACCUUGACGAUGUCAGGGACAGAAGCCAUGCUCUAUCAUUUAAGUUAUAUUCUACUGAAUAUUAGUUGUGUGCCAGGCUCCAUGUUAUAACCCAUCAGAAUGACGGUGUGCCCUUUUCCUUGCGAAAUGCAAGGAAUGUGUUGUCAGCUGGGUGACUGCCUAGAAAUACUUGAGUUUGUGACUAAAAAAAAAAAUAGUGUUAUUUUCCAUUGCCAAUUUUCAACAUAGGAUCAAGGCUGAGGACCAUUUAGAAUUCAUUUAUCCAUUCACACUUUCAGUGAUUGGUGAAUAUUUUCUAUCCACCAGGCAUAGUACUAGUUGCUGAAACUAUAGUAAUGACAUAGAGUAAUGCCCUGCUCUCAAGGAACAGUAGAAGAAGAAAGUCAAUCUAAUAGGUAUAUUAGAAGUCAGAUUGUGAUAAACACUGCUAAGAAAACAAAGAAGCUUGAUGUGAUAGAGGAAGCCUAGGGAAUUUCUUGUUUGUCAAUCAAAUUUCUUUGAUUGUCAGAGAACAAUGCCUCUGAGAGAUAGCAUUCUAGCUGAGACCUGAACGAAGGAAAGAACCAGGUAUGGAUGAUCUACAGGAAGGACAUUCUAGGCAGUGGGAACAGCAAAGACCUCACCUGGUGUGUUCGAGGGAGACAGAGUAGACUCGUGUGGCUGAAGGGAAGUGAGAAGGAGGGGGUGGAGUGCUAUAAAUUGAGGUCAAGAGACCAUGCUGGGGCCAGACUAGAUCAGGCCAUACUAAGGAGUUUUGAUGUUAUUUCAAGAGAACACUAUAAGGAUUGAAUAAUGGGUGUGACAUUAUUGGAUUUAUGUUUUUAGAAGACCUUGGAUUGCAGAAAGGCAAGAGCAGGGGCAGGGAGACCAGAGAGAAGGUACUGAAAUUAUCCAGGUGAGAGAGGGUGACAGCUGGAGAACUGGAUGUAUUCACACGAAGGGAUUUGAGGAUAGAUUCUAUAAGACAUUCUAAAAUGUCUUUAAUCCCUGCCCAUUGACUCUAACAAGAAAUAGGGUCCUCUCUUCAUCUCUGGGCCUCUGGUAGUAAGGUGGCUCUGUCCACAAAAGGGUUUCUUUCUCUUUGGCUCCUUAACAAGGAAGUGACUGCUGCAAACUUACACAGCUAAUAAUGGGCAGAGUCAGGAUUAAGUUCUAUCUAACGGUUGCUUUUCUUUUUCCCCCUGAGGCGUACAUCAGGGUACUCACCCAGGGAAAGAGAAGUAAGUAAGUUUGCUUAUGAAAUAAUAGGAUGUCAUAAGAAUCAUGAUCCCCAGAAGAAGACCAAACUAAGCUUAAAAGGAGAGAGAGAGACAGAGAGACAGAGACACGGAGAACGUUGCUUGAUUCACAUAAAUUGCAGGAGUGUCAAGGUUGGCGGUGGCCCUCUGGAAGACUAAAGCCAGGACUGUCUCCUUCCGUAUCUUUCGUUUCUUGCCAUGUGUCAGAAUCCCCAAUUCAGGCUCUUCUAAGGAAACAAUUUAAGGCA